AUGCCAUCCUUGUCGAAUGCCCACGAUUUUGGCUACGAGAUGCUGAUAGAUGCCGUUACACUAUGCGGUUCAGCAUUUCUAUUUGGCAUUUACGUCGUUUUGAUCUCUUUCUCCACAGUCAUCCUCGUUCGAAAGGGCUUAGACUUCAGGGCGAACAAAGUGCUGCUCGGAGUAACUUUUGUGAUGUUUUUGACGUCGACUGGAUAUGGCGUGGCGCUCUUCGUCGGAUAUAUUCAACAAGUCCUAGGCCUAUCCUUUGUGCAACAAGGCGGUGCGCAGGGUGACGAGAUAUAUGCGGCCAUGGGGUCGAGCUUUAGCCUUGACAUCGCGCUUUUUUACUUGUCAUUUUUCAACUAUGUAUCUGGUGAUGCGAUCAUCGUUUGGAGAGCAUGGGCCCUGUGGCCUGAUAACAGGAAAGUCGUCAUGCUUCCCAUAGGGCUGCUCAUGGGCUCCAUUGUGUCUUCAUUAGUGUGUGGAGGGCUCGAAAUUCGAGCGUUCCAUACCCAAUCCCUUCGGAUAGAGAAGAUUGGAGGCGACGCUCAGCUCGCGAGCUGGGCGCUGUCGCUCGCGACGAGCGUGGUGGCCACGGUGCUGAUCGCAUACAAAGCUUGGGUACACCGCAAGUUCAUCCAGUCAAAUAUGAGCGGCGGCGGCAUCAGGAGGUCAAAGGCCGGGAAAAUCAUGUCGCUUUUGGCCGAGUCAGGUGUCGUCUACUGCCUUGUGUGGAUCGCUCUCAUAUUCACUUCGUAUAUCAAUCUCCCCAACGACGACGGCUUGGCAGGGAACUUAUUCUUGCCACUCAGCGUCCAAAUCACAGGCAUAUACCCUACGAUCAUCAUCGUCCUGGUCAGCCUCGAGAAGACAAUCUUGGGCGCGCCCAGCCUGACUACCGCGGGCUUCGGCAGCAGAACAACGCGUCUGCAGUUCGCCACCGGACCCGUAUCAGAGUCCUUGCCUCGCCCUCAGAGCCCGCACGGGGGCGACAGGGAGGAUGCGCCGAAAAGCGAAGGGGUUUAA